GAUCACUGUAUUUCUGCGCCUGCGCGAGCUGAGCCAUACCUCGUCACCAUGGCAACAAUUGUUGGGAGUCCGGGAUUUUGGAGUGAGAACAUAUUUGAAUAUUUCCUUAAAAAUAACCAGAUUAAAUCAGAAGAUGGAGCUGAAAUCAUCUGGUAUCAUGCAGCUAACCAUAAGUCACAGAUGAAAGAAGCACUAAAAAGUAGUGCUCACAUGAUAGAGGCAGAUGUUCUUCUUCCCUAUGAUGAAUCAGAACAAGACCAGCCAAUAAUGGCUCAUCCUCCUGAAAUGAACAGUGAUAAUACUCUCCAAGAGUGGCUUAGUGAAGUCUUAAAAACCAAUAAAGGCAUCAAACUUGAUUUUAAAAGUCUGACAGCAGUGAAACCAUCCAUGAUACUUCUGGAAAAUAUUAAGAUGUAUCUGAAUCGUCCUGUAUGGAUUAAUGCUGAUAUUCUUCCUGGUCCCAAUGGAAAAAACAAUGAAUUGGAUGCAAAGAAAUUUCUAGACACUGUGACAUCCUUUUUCCCAGAUGUGACAUUGUCCCUGGGCUGGACUACUGGAUGGUACCCUCAUCAAUUUAAUGAAGGUAAUAAAACUAAAUAA